UUGCUCACUGGAAGCUGUAAGGCAACAACAUUUUUUGUGAAAUACAAAUGAAUUUGAAUUGAGUUGAAAAUGUUUCUCUUCAGAUUUAUAAAUCUAAAAUGAAUCUAAUAGUGGGUAGAAAAAGAUACACAGACGACUUAAGUUAAUAUUUCCGUGGUCAUAUUUUAAUAAUGUCUUUUGGCGUUCAACAAGUUAAUUGAUUUAGCAAACAUGUCUUAUAUAAUAUUACGCGUGUUUUGUAACACUGUAAAAAUGGGUCUAUAUGAAUAUAUAUAUAAUGAGUAUAUAAUUUAUAUGAGUACAUAUAAAUGUAUAGCAGCUUUUAUAUUUUAGGAUGGUGGUCCCCCACAAAGGGAUCAUAAUAUUUAGGUGUCCUUGGCAUCAAAAAGUAAACAUAAAAAAAGAAGAAAAAUAGGCUCAUUUUGUCUAUAUGCUAUGUGUCUUUAAGCGAUGUAUAUUUAUGACCCACUUGAAAUUUCAUUGGCCAGUCUGGAACGUCCUUUUUUUUCAUUGGACAGUCUUGAGCACAUCUCCUUUUUUCAUUGGUUCGGGAAAAUGGCGGAAUUUUCUCAUUGGCACUGAAAACAAACUGCCUCUCAACCGUCCCAUUCAAUUACCUAGAAAUGAAAAAACAUCUAUACAUAUCGCAGUUCAAAAUAAAAGACGCGGACUUAAUCUAGCAUAUCAUACAAUUUACUUUAGCUCUAUCAGUCAGAGAAAGAGAAAAAAAAACCUUCGUCGAUUUAUAUACUAAUGCGCAAAUCGUCGCGUGUCUGUUGCUAGGCAGAUUAUGUUAAUAUAUGCAAGGCCAGCCAUCUCUGCAGCUACCAUUCUGAGGGAAGACUCACUGCAACCUUUUCCAAAAAAUGCACAAAACUCUCGGGAAAUCCUCAUCCGAACGUUAAGCGCGGAUUCGGGAUCGUCUCUCAUGGUCUGCUGGUGGUUGAUGACAGGUGGAUAGGUGAAGGAGGUGUUUAAGGGUCACCUUAGAUCGUUGCCAUGGAGGCCAAGCAGGAGUCAUUACCUGUGUGGAGUCCAGCAUCCAACAACGACAAUGGCAAUCCACCUCAGGUGCAUUUUGAGGCUGGUGCGGUGGCCCAGAUUGUGUACAGCGGGGAGCAGUCUGACCGGGGUCAGCAACAGGUCGUAUACACUGCGGACGGAAGCUCCUACACCUCCGUUGAGUCUGCCGAACACACGCUGGUGUACAUACACCCCGCUGACGGAACACAGGCAGUGUUUACAGAUCAGCCCCAAGUGGCCUACAUUCAGCAGGAUGGCACAACACAGCAGGUGACUGUGUUGCUGCCAAGUGGUCAAAACAUGAACACUGCCAAUCUGCAUGUGUUGAGUAAUGUAGCUGACGGGCCACAAACCAUUCUGGAACCUGUGACACAGAGCCAGCUUGCUGUGACAAACACUGCUCUUCCCAAUAUGGUGGAGGCCUCAUCCAGUCCCCUGGGGGCCACAGAUUCCACUGUGGAUUCGGAGGAUGAGGAAGAUGACAAUGAUAGUGAUGACUCUGAAAUGGAUGACUGGGAACCCAGGACGCCCCAGGCAUUCACUCCACAUAACCUCUGGUGUGAAGACUGCAAUGGCGCUAAUCCUGCAGCCUGCUUGAAACACGGUCCUCUCCACCCCAUCCUCAACCGUCCCGUGACGUCUAAGGCUCGAGCCAGUCUGCCUCUCGUCCUGUAUAUCGACCGCUUCCUGGGCGGAAUCUUUACGAAGAGACGCAUCCCCAAACGCACCCAGUUCGGCCCUGUAGAGGGACCGCUGGUGCAGCGGAGUGAACUGCAGGACACUCACAUACAUCUGAAACUUUACAUGCUAGACCCUGCGAAAGAGGGCGAGAGAGUGGAGGACCUCUGGUUUGACCUCUCCGAUGAGGAGCGAUGUAACUGGAUGAUGUUUGUCCGCCCAGCCCAGAACCACCUAGAGCAGAACCUGGUGGCUUAUCAAUAUGGCUCAGACAUUUUUUACACCACCAUUAAGAACAUUCAGCCCAAACAGGAGCUUAAGGUAUGGUAUGCUGCCUCGUAUGCUGAAUUUGUCAACCAAAAGGUUCAUGAUGUCACAGAAGAGGAGAGGAAAGUUUUACGUGAGCAGGAUAAGAACUGGCCAUGUUAUGAGUGUAACAGACGGUUCAUGAGCUCAGAGCAGCUUCAGCAGCACUUAAACAUGCAUGACGACAAGCUGGAUCUCGUCCAAAGGCCAAAGGGGCGUGGCCGAGGACGGGGCAGGAAGCGAUUUGGCGCUGCGAGGAGGCCAGGACGGCGUACCAAAUUUAUCUGCCCACAGACACCUGCUGAAAGUGCUGAUAAGACACGGGAGCUGUUGGCAUCUGUAGAUAAGCUCCCAUUUGAAGAACAGACAGAUGGUGCUCUUAACGGGCUGAAGGUGGUGGAGAUGACCACUGAUGCAGUGGAGGCAGAGACCGGAGAGGGGUUUGAUUCCCAGAUGACCCAUACAGAUGCAUUUCAAGACGAAGGGGAUUCAGGCACCCCGCCUAUGGAUUCAGAGCUCCCGGAGACUGUGAAAGACGACCUGCCUCAGACGGGCCCUUUAGACCCUCACCUCACUCCUCAGGACAUGAGGCGGGCGAGGAGGAUUAGGAAUGCUGCUCUUCAACAUCUUUUCAUCCGUAAGUCCUUCCGACCCUUUAAAUGCACCCAGUGUGGGAAAGCGUUCCGGGAUAAAGACAAGCUGGAGCAGCACAUGCGAUAUCAUGGGCGGGACGGCUGCCGUCACAUGUGUCACCAGUGCGGUAAGAGUUUCCUCUCUAGCACCACGCUCGAGGAUCAUCUGCAGCUGCACUCUGAUCAUCGCACAUACUCCUGCCUGUUCUGUGCCGAGUCCUACGACAGACUGGACCUGCUUAAAGUGCACGUGGGCAUUCACCUGGUCAACGGCUGCUUCUCCUGCCCCUCUUGCAAGAAGACCUUCACUGACUUCAUGCAGGUAAAGAAACAUGUGAGGAGUUUCCACUCAGAGAAAAUCUUCCAGUGUACAGAUUGUGAUAAAGCCUUCUGUAGGCCUGAUAAACUACGACUGCACAUGCUCCGUCACUCUGAUCGAAAGGACUUCCUUUGCUCCACCUGUGGCAAACAGUUUAAGAGGAAAGAUAAAUUGCGGGAACACAUGCAGAGGAUGCACAACCCAGAUCGCGAGGCCAAGAAGACUGAUCGAAACCACCGCGCCAAGGCUUUGAAACAGAAGGAACCCACGACUGACUUUGAGAGCUUCAUGUUUAAAUGUAGACUCUGUAUGAUGGGCUUCAGGAGACGAGGGAUGCUGGUGAAUCACCUGUCUAAACGGCAUCCUGAGAUGCGAUUGGAGGAGGUUCCUGAGCUGACUCUUCCCAUAAUUAAACCCAACAGAGAUUACUUCUGCCAGUACUGUGAUAAGGUGUAUAAAAGUGCCAGUAAGAGGAAGGCCCACAUUUUGAAGAACCACCCUGGGGCAGAGUUGCCCCCCAGCAUCCGGAAGCUGCGUCCAGCCGGGCCAGGAGAGCCGGACCCCAUGCUGAGCACACACACCCAGCUGACGGGCACCAUCGCCACUGCGCCAGUGUGCUGCCCACAUUGUGCCAAACAGUACAGCAGCAAGACCAAGAUGGUCCAGCACAUUCGUAAGAAGCAUCCGGAAUAUCAAUAUAACAGCAGCAGCAGCAUUCAGGCACCUCUGGCUGCUACAGUCAUCAGCAGCACACCUGCUGUGAUUACAACUGACUGCACUACUGCAGAGGCUGUGGUGACGACUGACUUAUUGACACAGGCCAUGACAGAGCUGUCCCAGACCCUGACCACAGACUACCGCACGGCACAGGGGGAUUUCCAGAGGAUCCAGUAUAUACCUGUGUCUCAGGCAGGAGGAGGUCUGUCCCAGCCACAACAUAUACAGCUGCAGGUGGUGCAGGUGGCCCCGGCGUCCUCACCUCACUCUCAGCACUCUACAGUUGAUGUGAGUCAGUUACAUGAUCCCCACAGUUACAGUCAGCACUCGAUUCAGGUUCAACACAUACAGGUGACUGAACCCACUGGGGCAGUGCAGACCAACGCACAAGUUACGGGUCAGCCUUUAAGUCCCUCCUCUCAGCAAGCUGCCCAGGAGCUUAACACCAACCAAUUGACCCCUGUGACACUGGCUCAGGGCCAAACUCUACAGACGUCCACCAAUCAGACGCAAGGAGCUGCACAGCAUGCAUACCUACCUAGUAAUUGGAACUACAGGAGUUAUCCAUCUGAGAUUCAGAUGAUGACUCUUCCUCAUACUCAGUAUGUGAUAGCAGAGGCGAGCACCCCUGUCACUUCUGCCGUCAACAGCAGUCAGGUCAAAACGACACACUAUGUCAUCUCAGAAGGACAGACAGAGAUGGAUGGUAAACAGGUGAAUGCCCCGUCCACCUCAGCACAGGUUCAUCCUGACCCGCUAGAGCAGCCGGUCGUCAGUCAACAGACCACCACACAGUACAUCAUUACAACCACCACUAACGGGACGGGAGCCAGUGACGUUCACAUAACCAAACCCUGACCCCACACGCGCAACCACACAUGAAGAAAUGCUCGCACUCUUACUGCAGAGGGACACAUGAAAUUGUCACCCCUUCUGUUGGCGAGGGACUUUAAAUGAACAAAGAUUUCUUUUUUUCUUGAAGAAUAUGGAUAUGUUUUUUUAUUAAAUAAAGACACUGGAGUGAAUAGCUGUGUUUUUAGAGGCCCAGACACAUUUAAUCAUGAUCCCACUACUCAGGAAAGGAUUAAAUAUUAGUUAAGUUUGGAAAGAUAAAAGAAAAUGUGUGCCUGAUAAAAGUGAGACUAGUGUUUCCACACACUAAAAGGAGGUUGGCGCUGUGGAUCUUUAAAGUUGCUGGAUUUAGUUUGAAUAUAUUUAUUUGGACAUUCAAUUUAGCAUACUAGAAAAUUACAGUUACAAUUCAGACAUGAAUUAUCUGAAUUCAUGAAACAUCUGAAAGUAAAAUAACUGUCUGGAUUAGCUGAUGAAAAAAUGUCCAGGUCAUAUUCUACAUCAAAAUCAAACCAAAGAAUUAAAUAAUAAUGUUAUUUACAUUGUAAAGAACAAUUGAGUAUUUACAGUAGAAUUUGUUUUACUGAAUAUAUGCCGAUUGUAAUGGGGGCGAAGGAGUUCAGACACAAUGAUUUUCAUUUUUGCAUUACAGUAAUGAGAAUUUCAUUUAUUUUGUAUUGUCAUCUCUGUAAUGAUGAUUUGAGGAUAAAAUGUGCUUAUUUGUAAUAGAAAGUAUGUCAAAAUGCAAAACGACAACAAAAAAAUCUUAAUGGUCAUCAAACAGGCUUAAUUUUCUUGAAGCCAAAUAUAAUUUCUUAUCUUUUGAUUUGAACAUGAAAUAUGACCUGAACGGUUCUUCCUAAGAUUCACAGUGCAUCUAACCUGAUCGAGGGUCAACUCUCCUUCUCAAACUUGCAAUAUAGAUCAGAUCGUUCAAGGCCAUGUUAUCUCCCCUACCAUGAUGUGAGAAAAGAAUGCCAAACCCAGAUCAGCACUUACAGUAUGUAUAAAUGUAUUGCAUGGUCCACGGGACGGGUCACCAGCCAGUCUGAGGUCCAUAUUUGAAAAAGAAAAAUGGAAAUACUUUGUCACCUUCUCAAAGACUUCCAAUGCUUUUUCACCCAUAAAAACCAUUCUACAAUAUUAAAACAAUAUCUCAGUAUGUCUGAAUUCCCAUAUUAUUCUGUGCUGGCUUGUUUAAAUGACUUAAUUUUUAGGAACUUUCAUGUAACCUCUGUGUUUAUGGACAUACUGGUAUUUAUUUUGGUUUUGCACUUCAACCAGUGGUGAGUCUUUAUAACCUGAAGAAGGGAAAAUAUAUCCAUCGUUCAUUAUUUAUAGUGAGACAAACUUUUACAAUGUAAAAAAAAACAGUAUCUGUACUAUUCUGAUGAUUAUAAGUAUUGUUGUAAUUAUUGUGUUUAUGUACAGUAAUGCACCUCAGUGUCUCGGGGUUAGUGUCCCCUGUUGUCCCUAGUGAUGGGAAAUA